AAUAAAAUAAAAUGUCAUGGUGUAAUAUCUUUGUAAUUAUGCAAACAACUUGGAGUUUGGACAAACAUUGAUUUGGAAACUUCUCCUCGGUGCCAUUUAUUAGAUUAAUAGUCAUAACCCUCCUUCGGAAGACUAAUCGAAAAAAAAACAUAGCAGUUAUUUUUGAGAUUCUUGCGUGGUGACGAAUCGAUUCGAUACCUUGCCUCAUAUCCGUGAAUGAUCUUAUAAACAACCAAUCGGUUCGAUUCGCAGCAGCGGUUAUCAUCAUGGAUCUCCAGAAGAAGAGGUUCCAGUUACUUGGAUUUAUCAUUGGUUUAAUUCUCCUCAGUUUCACAGCUGAAAAAUUUAGACAAAUAGUGGGAGAAACAGGCUCAUCCCAGAGUGGGAAAUUCACCAUUUUCAACUGUUUUGACGGAGGUUCAGGAACAGUAGCAUGCCUAGUAAAAGAAGGCGUGAAACUAUAUACAUACAAUAUAAGAUCAAUGCAUGUUGAGGUAGCAAGAAACAAAGCAAUUGAAGCAUCACUAGCUGAUGCGGUUUCGCAAGGCAUGGAACCCUCAGCUGCUGCUAAAAAAGCCCAACUAGAUGGAGCCAAAGCUGCCAAACAAGCAACCCGAAAAGCCAAACGGAUCAUAGGCCCAAUUAUUUCUUCCGGGUGGGAUUUCUUCGAAGCCAUUUAUUACGGUGGAACGGUUACAGAAGGGUUUUUAAGGGGCACAGGAACAUUGUUCGGAACCUAUUUUAUAGGGUACUUAGGGGAAGAAAGAUUUGGUAGAUUCGGGUAUUUGGUUGGAAGUCAAUUCGGGAGUUGGAUUGGCGGUAGGAUGGGGUUAAUGGUGUAUGAUAUCGCCAAUGGUGUCCAUUUCUUACUUCAUUUUGGUCAACCCGAGGAGAAUGCAAGAGAAAAGGUUGGAUUUUUUCAGAGUGGUGAAACAGAGGAAGAUGUAGGAACACAAAACGAUUAUGGGGCUUCUUUUCUUGACACCGUUAUGGGUUAUGUGGGCUCAUAUAUGGCUCAAACUUCUACAGAUGUUAGCUCCGAGACCAUUGAGGAGGUUGACACCUACGAGCCGCCGGUUUAUGAAAGCUAUGAGUCGCCGGUUUAUGAAAGUGAAAGCUACGAGUCUAAAGAAGAACUUUGAUGAGGUAAAUGCAGUUUGCAGUUUAAAAACUUAUUUUAUAAUUUGAAAUAUUUGAUAAUUUGUGUAGUAAAUGUAGAAUGAUUCAUUAAGUUCAUAUUAUAUAAAGCUGAAUCUAGAGUCCCUUUGUUUCAAUGCAUACAUAUUAGCUGCA